UCUCUAUCUCUGGCCUGGCGGCUUCACGGUGGCUCACGGGCAGCCUGCACCUGACCACCUUCUGCCUGCAGUACAGCCCCCCUGUGGUGGCUUGCGUCUGCAUCCACCUGGCCUGCAAGUGGUCCAACUGGGAGAUCCCAGUGUCCACAGACAGCAAGCACUGGUGGGAGUACGUGGACCCCACAGUGACCCUUGAGCUGCUGGAUGAGCUGACCCAUGAGUUCCUGCAAAUCCUGGAGAAGACCCCGAGCCGCCUGAAGCGCAUCCGUAACUGGAAGGCAGCGGGACAGACUGUGAAGAAGACGAAGGUGCAGGAGGAGGGCGACCAGACGGAGGCCAUGAUGAGCAUGAUCUCCAUGGUGUCCUCCGACACCACAAUCGCCGGCCUCAUGAGCCUCUCCGCCUCGUCCUGUUCCCUCAGCACCACCCCUCAGGAGGAAAAGGAGCGCAGCACUGGGUCCUCAGGGACUCAGCACUGGCAACCUGGCACCAAGGCACACGGCGGCAUGGACCCGGGGCCGGCGACACAGGGCCCACCGGGUACCCACGUUCCCGCCAAGGUGUCGCUGAGCGAGUACCGCGCCAAGAACGCUGACGUGCUGGCGGCUCAGAAGCGCAAGCUGGAGAACAUGGAGGCCAGCGUGAAGCGGGAGUAUGCCUCAGCCGCCCAGGCCCUCAUCAGCCAGCAGAGGAAGGAAAAGUACCAGGAGCCGCCCGGGGGCCAUCCCGGAGCCACGGCCUCCGACGUGAGUAGCCCCUCGCCCAUCAUCCUCAAGAUCCCCCUGGAGAAGGAGCGCCAAGACCGCAACUCCCUGAAGAUGCGGCUCCCGCUGGCAGCCGGGGCAGGACACGGCGGCCACGGGGGACACGGGGGACAUGGUGGCGGAGGACACGGAGGGCACAGUGGAGGGGGGCACGCGGGAGGAGGUGGGGGAGGCAGCCGGACUGCGGACGAUUUCAAAGUGCGGAUCCGUGUGCCGGAUAGACGCGGGGGUCUGGUGGAAGACGGCAAGAGCAGGGAGAAGCACAGAGAGAGGUCCAACCACCACCACCAUCACUACUACCACCACUCAGCCAGCAGUGCCGGCGCCGUUGCUUCUUCAUCCUCCUCCUCACAUAAACACUCGAGCAGUGGGGGCGGCUCAUUAGGGAGCGGCAAAAAAUCGGGUGACUCCUCCAGCAGGACAAGCUUGUCAUCGUCUUCUUCACGGAAGCGGCCUCACUCCAUGGAGCCGUCACCCGCCUCGCACCCCUCCAAACCCAGCAAGUCCUCCAGGACUUCCUACCAGCUGCCCCCAGCGCCAGCCACUGCGGGCCAUGCCCUGGGCUUGGGCCCCGACGGCCUGCCCCCCACGGCUGUGUCCCACCAUCAAGGCUCCUACUCUCACUCCAAGUCGGACAAGGCGGACACCAACGGGCACAGCGCUGCUGGGGGUGGCAGCCAGUCCAACGAGUACCAGGACACGUUUGAGAUGCUCAACUCCCUGCUCAGUGCCCAGGGCGUCCAGCCCACUCAGCCCCCCGUGUUUGACUACCGCUCACAGUACGGCGAGUACCGCUUCUCUGGAAGCCAGCGAGGCAAUAGCUCCCGCCCUCCUCCCCUCCCUGCAGAGCCGCCCCCCCCACUGCCACCCCUCCCCAAGUGAGAACAGCUGUCAGCUUCCAACACAAGGCUCUAGGCCUGCAUGGCUCCGCUCUGUGUUUGGGGGUUUUUGACUUGACAGCAGAGUAAUGUAUUCAUUCAGAGUCCUCAGAUUUCAUACCUAUUUUUCAAUGUUUUUUUCCACAUUUUUUAAAGCAGUCUUACCCCAUGUACAGGGCAAUAACAAUUAAUGCAUAAAACGGUGAAAACCUAUAAGAGAAUGCCAAUCAGUCACUCGUUCGAUCGUGUAAAUACUAUUUUUGAUGUCAUUCUGGUUGAGGUGCAUCAGAUAUUUGUAUUGAAGUCUUUAACCCAGUCAUACGGAGCCAGUGUGUUGCUUGGUUGAAAGUCACAGGAAAAAAAAAACAAAAAAAAAAGUGAUUAAAUACAUUGAAUGCAUGGGGAAGUUUUGCAUUUGUGAGCUAAAGGACUUAUUUGUACAAUUUUGAAAGCCUUGUUUUAAUAGGCGUCAGAUGGAUUCAAUACGUCAAAAAUAUUUAUUUUGUACUCCCAUCUGUAUGUAGCAUUGUUGGUAUAGCCCCUUUAUUUCUCUUCGGUUUCCACGACGACCAGUCAACCGUAGUCAACAUUUUAAACGCGAUCCUGGUGCUCAGUCUAUUCCUAAUAGUCAUAUAUAAAACAACAGAGGAAUAUUUAAUUGAUUUUACCGUUUUUAUUUUGUAAAUAUUUAAGGGAAAAAAAGAUACAAUGUCAAUGUUUUAUAUUAUGUACAUGUGAACUGAAAAAGUGAAUAUAAAAUGUAUUUUUACAUUUUGUAUAGAAAAAAGAUCAUUGUAAAUUAACUUUUAGUUUUUAGAUUUUCAAUGUGAUGCAGUCAUUGUUUUAAAUGGUUGUAAAAAGCUAUAGUAUGACAGAUGAUGAUGUUAUAUAGCUACAUUUUCUUCCCAAAAUGCAGCCGUACCGUUAUGGUGUUAAACAGUCUACAUGGGCUGUGUCGUGCUGAUUAGCCGCCGACACGCGGCGUGUCGCGCACAGGGAGGGCGCCCUGCGUAAAGGCUUCAGUGUGCCGAAAGGCAUCAAAGCCACAUGGCAACUGAGCAGGUCACCUGACCCUUCUGUCAUCCGCACCCCGCGCCGUAGCUGCUCCGCCCAGCGCCCGGGCACACCCCCGAGCCACCUGCUGCCGCGUAAAAGGCUCCACGCUUCUUCACCACUUGAGAACGAUCAGGAAAUUGUGUGUGUAUAUCUCAUAUAACCAUGAUUGUGUCUAUGGGUUCUUUUGGAUUUAAUCACAGGUUUGCAUAAAUGACCUAUAAAUAUAAGUAUUUGCUAUAUUUCUGCAGCUACUAUGAGUGUAUGGGCUAAGUGAAUUGUACUGAUUUAACACCAAAGGCUUUUGUCAUAGUCUUCAUUUUAAGCCCGUUCUUUAAAAGCGGUAGCUUCUGAAAUUGACACAUUUACAGCCAGUUUAAUAUAGUAAAACUGCUUUUUAUCUUUUGACUUAGUUCCUUAUUUUCAGUGCAGUUCGUUUCUGUAAAAUAUGGGAGAAAACAAGCUGUUACUGGAUUUUUGGGUAUCUGUUUCUUGUGAUAAAACUGAAAGAUAUGAUCCAACAAAUUAUAACCUGUCAUUCCCCGCCCCCCAUUAUCGGAAUGUAUGGUCACUUAACGUAAACUGGAAAAACAGAUACAGUUGAAUCCUCUAAGCCCCAGUCAUUGAUUCUUGUGUCAUGUGGAUAAGCUGUGAUGUCCAUGCAUUUAAAGUCUGCAGUAGUACCAUUGAGGUGUAAUUUGAUGACAUUUUAAAUACUUUGCUGCACUAAGAAUUGCUAUAAUGGACUUGGCAUUUCCCACAGUUUUAGCAGUUUUUAGCUGCUGUUUGUUUGGUUUGGUGAUUUAAAGCAAUUAAAGAUUACUUGAAUUAAUUCCUCAUGGAAAACAAACAUUGAUUCAAAUCAGACAUUGCUUCUUGAUGAGAGUAUUGUGGCUGUGGUCAUAUCUGACGGACACAGCUCUGGAAAAAAUUGAGAGACCACAGCACAAUUUUUUGUUUCAUUCAUUUCUCAAUUUAUGGGUAUGCGUUUCUGCAAAAUAUACGUGUUUUUUUGCAAACUGCAGCCUGUCUCUUUCCUGUUUCUCAUUAACAAAGGGUUUCAUACUUGCUUAUGGCACUUCAGUCUUGCUUCUAGGAACCUGAUCCGAACAGUCCUAACAGUGCAUUUCAAACCUGCACUUAAUGUUUCCUGUUCCCUUUCAAGGUCAGUCGAUGUCAUCCUCCAAUUCAGGAGAAACUUGGAUAAGUUGACGGUCAUGUCUGCCAUUAGGACGUUGCUUCCGUCCUCUACCUGGCUGGUCUUUGGUCGUUCCCAGUGUCUCCUGCUUCACAUUGUUCUUGUGUACUGCUGUCUUAGGAACUUUGACCUGGAAGUAGCCUGCCUCACAGUGUACCCUUCUGCCAGCAGAACCAGGAUUAAACAAGGAUUUAACAAAGCGAUUCUUAAUAAAUAUGGAGUGGUCUCAAUUUUUUCCAGAGCUGUAUUUGUGACUGAUAAAUGCAUGAAAUGCUACUGAUGGUUAUUGAUGCAGCGUGGUUUUCACUUCUGUGAUGCCUUUCAUGUGUACACACACCUGCCCUCUGCUGUGACUCAUGCUUGAGGAAUACCACUGCGUUCACUGGAUCCCACAGUAGUUUUGACUAAUAUUUCUCUCUGUAAUUUUGUCUCGCAUAUUUUUUUUUCUAAGGUUAUUCAUUUUGAGAGGAAUAUUUCUGAACUAUACAUACAUUUUUGUAUGUUGUACCAGAUGAACUCAGGUUUAGAAUUUGGGGGAAAUUUUGUUGUGAACUUCAGGAAGUCCAAGGUCUACAUUUAUUAGUUUGUGUUUUGUGAGCAGUUUUUAAUGGUGAAUGGUUUUGCUCCCAUAAAUAAAUGUUUUAAAGUAAAA